CGUCGAGCAGCUCAAGGCGUCGGGGCUCAACGUCUGGGCCAACAACAAGUACGUCUUUGCGGCGCAGCCGCUCGCCGAGACGCCAAUGGGCACGGUUGGCAUGGGCCAGAUGCACCGCCUGAGCGCCAACCUCGCGAUGGGCCAGUCCGUUGCCCUCACGCCGUGGGUUCCCGACGUAGCGCGCGGCUUUGCGAUCGCGACCGUCCACUUCGAAGUGCAGGCGCUGCUCAUGCGCUCCAACAUCGUCGCCGAUUUCGACUGCGAAGCGGUCAAGAGAAUCUUCGAGCAGCAGUACCUCAACCAAGCCUUCUCGCCCGGCCAGUGUAUUGUCAUUGACAUUGGCGGCAAGCCCGUGAAGAUGUGCGUCACCAAGGUCGAGCUCCUCACGCCGCCCGACGCGCCGCCCGCGCCGACCAGUCUCGCGCCCACCGUCGGUCUCUACGUCGCAGGCAGCGCGCUCGUGUUCUCCAAGGGCAAAGACGCGCCCUUCAAGCUCCUCAACCAGAGCGCAUCGGGUGGCGGCAACCGCAUCUUCAAGCCCGACUUUGACUUCUCCAAGCUCGGUAUCGGCGGUCUCGAUAAGGAGUUCAACGACAUCUUCCGGCGCGCGUUCGCGUCCCGCGUUUUCCCCGCGUCGGUCAUUGAGAAGCUCGGGAUCAAGCACGUGCGGGGCAUGCUUCUCUUUGGCCCGCCGGGCUGCGGCAAGACGCUCAUUGCGCGGCAGAUCGGCAAGGUGCUCAACGCCAAGGAGCCCAAGGUCGUCAACGGGCCCGAGAUCCUCGACAAGUUUGUCGGCGAAUCCGAGCGCAAGAUCCGCGAUCUCUUUGCGGACGCGCGUAAGGAGCAAGACGAGGUCGGCGAAGACAGCGAGCUGCACAUUAUCAUUUUCGAUGAAAUCGACGCGAUCUGCAAGGCGCGCGGGUCGUCCCGGGAUGGCACGGGCGUCGGCGACAGCGUCGUGAACCAGCUCUUGACGCAAAUUGACGGCGUCGACUCGCUCAACAACGUGCUUGUCAUUGGCAUGACCAACCGCAAGGACAUGCUGGACGAAGCGCUCAUGCGUCCGGGGCGUCUCGAGGUCCAAGUCGAGAUCAACCUGCCGGACGAGCACGGUCGCGGUCAGAUUCUGAGCAUCCACACGAGCAAGGCGCGGGCGAAUGGCAUUUUGCACCCGGCGCUGCUCGCCGACCUCGACGCACAUACCACGCCGAUCCAGAACUUUACGCCCGAGAUCUCGCUUGCGGACUUUGAACUCGCCUUGAGCGAAGUCAAACCCAAGUUUGGCGCGCCCCAAGACACGCUCGAGAUGUUUUUCCGCAACGGACUGCUCUCGUACGGCCCUGCGUUUGAUGACGUGCAGGCGACGCUGCGCAAGGUGCUCAACCACGUCAAGACGAACGAGAAGACGUCGCUCAUGAGCGUCCUCUUGCACGGCCAGCCGGGAUCGGGCAAGACAGCGCUCGCAGCCGCGUCGGCGGUCGCGAGCGAGUACCCGCUUGUGCGGCUCGUGAAAGUGGCCGACUUGAUUGGCCGCCAAGAGCUCGCGAAAAGCAGCUACCUUUACACGCUCUUUGAAGAGGCGUACCGGUCGCCACUGAGUCUCAUUAUCAUUGAUGACAUGGAGCGCCUCAUGGAAUACGUCGCGAGCGGGCCGCGUUUCUCCAACUCGAUGCUGCAAACGCUGCUGGUGAUGAUCAAGAACCCGGUGCCAGUGCCCGGCCGGAAGCUCGUCGUUGUCGGAAUCACCUCGGCGUACGACGAGAUGGCGAGCUUGGGCCUUGCGUCCGUCUUUGACGUGAGCGUCCUCGUGCCGCAGCUCGAAGCGCCGGACCAAUUCGACGCGGUCCUCGCCGGCGCGGGUCUCCCGAUGUCGGCCAGCACUCGGUCGCAGAUCGCCUUGUACCUGAGCCAGACGACACCGAUGGGCGUCAAGAAGCUGCUCGCGAUCACCGAAAUGGCGCGCCAAGACAUGCUGGACGACGGCGCCGAGACGGAAAUCACGUACGACCGCUUCAUCGACUGCGUGUACCAGCUCCGCCUCCACUCGCGGCAGUAA